ACUUGCCCAUCACAUUCAUUAAAAGUUUUCAUCACGUGAUAGACCGUUAUUUCCACUGCGGUUUCCCCGAGUUCAUUAAGCUCGAUGUUGUCCACAUUGAGAGCUGCUUCGUUAAGGGCAGCACUGGCAACAACUAGAAGACAAGCAAGAUCAGGCCUACCUUCUUCACGCACAUUACACCAUAUUUCCAGCACAUGGGGAUCCCCGUCAGCAAACCUCGUGCCCAUAGUCAUCGAACAGACAGGAAGAGGCGAGCGAUCGUAUGACAUUUUCUCUCGCCUAUUGCGUGAACGUGUAAUAAUGUUGUAUGGACCUAUACGGGACACAGAUUCAGCCCUGACCGUUGCGCAACUUUUGUUUCUUGAAGCUGAAGACUCCUCGAAACCAAUACACCUGUACAUAAACUCUCCUGGAGGAAGCGUGACUGCAGGACUAGCCAUAUAUGACACAAUGCAGUACGUCUCUUCGCCCAUACAUACAUAUUGUGUGGGACAGGCAUGCUCCAUGGGAUCUCUAUUAUUAGCAGCGGGUGAAAAGGGAAAGCGUCAUUGUCUUCCCAAUGCCAGCAUAAUGAUCCACCAGCCUUCUGGAGGCGCCUCUGGACAAGCUUCUGACAUUGCAAUCCACGCUAAGGAGAUUUUGCGCGUGAGACAUUUACUGACAAGUAUAUAUCAGCAGCAUUGUGCCAAAGUAGAGGAGAGUGAGGCAUCGGGGUUGGAGCGGUUCGAGAGGGCCCUGGAGCGCGAUUAUUUUAUGACGGCACAAGAAGCCCUUAACUUCGGGAUUGUUGAUGGCAUUCUGGAGAAGAGACCAAGUUCCGAAGGCGAUUCAAAUUUGGAUGGUACACGAACCUAAAGCCCUUCUACUCCCAGAUGGGCGCGAUAUGAAGCUCACAAUGGAAGCCCCUUUCGCCUUUUUUGUAGUGUUGUCUACGCCCGUGUAAUCUUCGCUGGUGAUGGGGUAGGAUAGCAUGGCUUUCCUCACACGUGAAAUGGACUGAUGCAACCAAUGCUG